AUGGGCUGCAAUGAAACCAAAAUUCGUCCAUCUGUUGCCAAUGUUAGUCAACCUAAUGAUGUUAAACGUAAAUCAGAAACAUCGAAUAAAUUGAAUGAGCAGUGUUCAUUACCUGUAGUUUCAAAUGUAUCUAUCGAUCUGUCGCCUAGAGACAACAAUGCAUUCUCAACAACUGUUUGCCAACAGCGACAAGAGGCUAUUGAUAAUAUGACCUAUAGGAAAGCCAUCGAUACAUGGCAAUUUUCAUCAAUCGAAGAACUUAUUAGUUCUAUUCAAGAAUUAUCUGCUCAUGAAAAUCAAAUUGAUCGAGCUUGGAUCAUUUUCUAUUGGAUCAGUCAAAAUAUCAGCUAUAACACUGAUGCCUUUUUUAGCAACCAAAUUGAAGCACAAGAUGCUCAUACUAUAUUUCAAAGUGGAAAAGCAGUUUGUGAAGGUUAUGCAUCAUUAUAUGCUGAAUUAUGUAAUAGAACUGGAAUUCAAUGUCGUAAAGUAAGUGGCUAUGGAAAAGGAUUUGGAUUUGAUGUGCGUCAAACAAGUUUCGAUAAAACAAAUCAUGCAUGGAAUAUUAUUACACUUAACAAUGGUCAUUCAUAUUUUGUCGAAUCAACAUGGGGUUCGGGUCAUGUUGACCAUUCAACACAUCAAUAUAAAAAACAAUUAGUUCCUUAUUAUUUUUUAUGCCGACCAGAACAUAUGAUCUAUAAACAUCUACCUAUAGAUGAUGAAUGUCAACUUCUUGCACAUCCACUAACAAUAAAACAGUAUUUCACAUUACCUAAUACAUAUCCAGCAUUUUUUACAUUCGAUUUGGAUAUUAUUUCACCUGUUCAUUCGGCUAAAGUCGAUCUGAUCAAAGAUGAAUCAUAUGGAUUGAUACUUAUUCGAACAUCCAAGAAUAAUGUCGAAUUAUCUGGUUCUUUAGAAGAUGAAACAGGUAACAAAAUUCAAGAUGGGCAUUUUAUUUAUUUAGAUAAGAAAGAUCAAACAUUAUGGCGAUGUCAAUUUGCUCCACCAAAACCUGGAAAAUACAAUAUCUUCAUUUUUGCCGGAGAAAAAAAUAAUCAAAAUGAAUCCUUUUCGGCUGCUGCUGUGCAGUUUGCUUUCGAUGUCGAUCAUCUUCCAUCGCCACCUAUUUCAUAUCCUCAUAUUUGGUCAUACUUUUUUAAUUAUGACAUAGAAAUCGUCAAACCAAUGAAUUCUCGUUACAUUGAUUGGUCAUCAAACACCAAUAUCAACUACUGUGAAAUUCAAGUUCGUUCACCUGAUGAUGUUCGUGUUUCCGCGGCAAUAAAAGAUAGUUCUGCAGGUACGAACGUCAAAAAUGGUACAUUAGUCAAUUUUGAUCAUGAAACAAAUGUUUGGCAAUGUCUUUUUGCUCCAUCAACUGCUGGUGUUCUGUUCGAAUUAACUCUAUUUGCUCAACGUCAGCAUGAAAACGAAUCCCAUUCUGUUGUUCAAUUUGUUUUACAACCAAUUCCAUCUGAUGCUCUGAAAGAAUUCAUGACAUUUCCUGAAAUUUAUCUUCCAUUCUAUAAUACGAGAUGUCACCUAAUGGAACCACUGAAUGGUAUUCUUCAAAGUGGUUCUACCAUUCAUUUUCGCUGUCGAAUUCCAGGUGCGCAAGAAGUUAAUAUAACUGUCGACGAUAACUGGAUUGAAGGUGAUGCAUGGAAGCCAGAUGAAAAUGAUGUAUUCAAUGGUGACAUUCAAGUUGGACAAAAAGAAGUUGCUAUAUAUGCCAAGUUUAAUGAUGAGAACAGUUCAUAUCAAGGACUUUUGAAAUAUACUGUAUUCUAA